AUGGUUAGAUGGCUGUUCUCAACAAAUGCUAAGGAUAUUGGUACUUUAUAUAUCAUCUUCUCUAUUUUUGCGGGUAUGAUUGGUACUGCCUUUUCUAUGUUAAUUAGAUUAGAAUUAGAUGGUCCUGGAAUUCAAUAUUUACAUGGUGAUCAUCAACUUUACAACGUAAUUGUAACUGCUCACGCAUUCGUUAUGAUUUUUUUCUUGGUUAUGCCUGCUUUAAUUGGAGGAUUCGGUAGAAACCUUAUUUCAAUUAGAUUAACUUUACAGUUAAUUACAAACAAUUUCAUGUCACAUGUUCAAACUAAAUAUUAUUCAACAAUUCUUUCAUCCCAAGGUGGUUCGUCCGAUGGUUUAUCCACGGAUGGUCAAUUAGGUUAUUACUUGGCUGGAUUAAUCGAAGGUGAUGGUUCUAUUAUUGUACCCGCUAAAGAUAAAAGCCCAAGUGGUAAAAAUACACAUCCUGUAAUUAGAAUUGUAUUUACAUUACCUGAUUUACCUUUGGCUCAAAAAUUACAACAAGUUAUUAGGUUGUGGUUUUAUCCAAAAACCUAA